UAACGACGCGCGACCGCCCUUCAAUUCACAGCAGUCUUAAGUGUGUGUGUUUUGAAAGUAAUGGGAAGCUUCAUAGGUCACGCAGCGCCUGGAUCUAUGUUUCUGCUGUUAUCCGUCUGGUGGUUCAUAGGUGCUCUUAUUCGAAAGCAUCAGAACACGAAAACUAAACGAGGUUUGCUUCUUUCAAGCGGCACAACGUGCACGAGAUUAAAAACCCACACACCUGUCUGGUACCCAUGUCCCGGAAAAACUCUUUCGAAGAUUCCCCUAGAACCCAUUUUAAAGGUGUUCUGUGCGUUUCUGGGGGUUCUCGGAGAACUCGCCUUGCACCAGUCUUGGACCUUAAUCGGCAACAAUGGAGAAUUCAUGGAAGACAACAUCAACAAUCACAGCCAUGCUGCUAUGUAUUGUUUCUUCGGCUUGUCUGGUGUGAUUGACCUUAUGAUGUGGUACGGUGUAAUUUCUCUACCUCCAAUGACUGACUAUGUGAUCAUGUCCGUGUGUUUCUGGAUCGAAGGAUUCCUGUUCUAUUUUCACCUUCAAGGCCAUUCAGAAAUAAGCGUCCGCUUACACACCAUUCUCUACCUCGUGAUUUUCAUCACAGCGGCCUUGUUUCUGGCUGAUGUCUUUUUUACACAACAUCAGUCGUUGUUUUCGCUAAUGAGGGCUGUUUUGGUAGCUGUGCAAGGGUCUUGGUUUUACCAAAUUGCGUUUGUCCUAUAUGGCCCCAACCCUUGGAGAAACACCUCCACCAACGUAGAAGUGUUGUCGAUCGCUUUCGCAUGGCAUUUGUUUAUUUUUAUAGUUCUUUCCGUCAUGUUCGUUGCCGUGUCUAAUCGAUUUUGCGGGAAAAAAUACACUCAAGAUAAUCAAUUAGAUGAGGAGAUUUCGGACGAGGAAACGGAACACAUUCCAUUGAAAAGUACCUGACAUCAAGACAAUAUACUGGUGAACUGGAGCGGUCAUUUUUAAAAGCGCGACAUUGAAGAAUAAUUAGCAUAAGGGAUCUCUGCCAGCUCCACUACGCCUGGUGAGAGGAAAAUAGAUCGCUAUCAACUCGAACUGGAUGCAGGUGCUUUUCUGAAAUGGCCCACCGAUUAAAGGGAAAGAGAGAUACAAACAAACUUUGGUGGAGUGAAAUUUCAUCACUUCCCAGGCGACAAAACUUUAAUCUCUGUGAAAAACAUCAAGCUAUUAAUUUUAAAUACCAACGUCUGAGAGAAAAACUAUCGUUAAACGAAACCAUCACAUUACCUUCGAUAUCUUCCUUUCGAUAAAUUCAUAAUUUAAGGCCGGCGAAAGUUCAUUUGCAAUUUUAUCUUGAUUUCUGCUGCAGCGGGGAAAUGUUUGGCCGGAUUUCUUUGAACUUUUUUAGUGGAGUAAAAAACAAUGGUUUUUUUAUUUCUUUCUUUAAUGACCUUAUCGCAAUCUUUUCAAGUUUUCUGGGUUAGACUUCGAUUCUUAAAUGAGCGAAAAACUCUAUAUUGAGUGAAUUAAGCUGUCGCAUGUCAUUGCCAUGUUUUCGUGUCUAACUGCAGCAUGUUCCCGUUUCAGUUUUAUAUAUUGCGGCGCUGAAAAUUAAAAGACUGCUGGCUUACGGGGGAUUAAUAUAUUUUACGCUUUACUCUUAGCUGAUGGCGAACGGUGAACAAUGGCAUAUGAUGUCUCUUAAUAAAACACUGGGAGGUUUUAAUUUGAUCAAAAGUCUGGUGUAUUUGAUUUUACGAUAUUAGGUCGCCCUAGCUUAGGCUUUCGAAGGGAUAUUGCCUCUGUUUGCUUUCCCAAUGCAAAGGAUGUAAUGAUGUCUUUACAAAUUUGAAAGGGUGUCGUAUAAAAUUGUUACUGCCACUACCGUAUUUUGCCUGGAAAAACAAACUUGAACUCCUUGAGAGGACAAACUUACGCACAUCGAUCGGAAAUCGUGGGCCUUUAUCGUUCUUUUCCAGCAUAUUGACCCAAAAAAAUGCUUCGUUUUUCAACUGCGCUGAG